AUGGCUGGACUGAGUGGUGCUGGAGCUUACAUGGAGUACACAGAGUGUGCUCCACCAAGAAGAAAGGACUUGACAAAUUCUCUUGAACAAAAGAUAAAGUGCUUGGAAAAACAGAGACAAGAGCUCCUGGAUGUCAAUCAACAAUGGGACCAGCAAUUUCGAAAUAUGAAAGAGUUAUAUGAAAGAAAGGUCCUGGAGCUAAAAUCUAAACUGGCGGCCACAGAAAAUACUCACACCCUGGAGAAGAAACAGAAGCAAAGUGUGACAGAGGGCGACAGGCAGCUCGAGAAGGAAAAAGACAUCUUAAGGAAAGAAUUACAAGCACUGAAGAAGGAGAACAAGCUGUUGAAGGAAAACAAUGCUCUGGCCAAUCGGAAGAAAGAGCACUAUGCCUGUGAAAUUAAACGCCUCAAUAAGGUUCUUCAGGAUGCCUUGACAAUCGGGAGCUCUUCGCAUUCUGAGGACUUAGGGAAGUGUAAAUGCAGGGGCAGCCAUGCAGAGAUGAGAACAGAGGUGGAAUGUCACAAACAGCAGCCAGACUAUCAGUGGAAUGCUCUCAACCAGCUUCCUCCACAUGUACAGCAUAAGGCACAUGGUUUCUCCUCAGAAAGCAAAUUCAACCUGUAGAAUUACAUUAGCAGAGAAGAGAAGAGGGCUGUGAGCUCUCGGUUGUGAUCGCUUUGCUUCUUCAGGACAGCUGUGAACAUUCUCCUUCGAGAUCUGCUCCCAGUUACCUUCGC